GCUUCCUCUCUACUGGUGUGAACUCAGGAUUCCGCAUUAGGUCCUGGAAAGCUGCGCAGCUCUUUACCACAGCUCUUGUUGUGAUCCGUUUUUUUUUCUUUUCCACAUUUUCUAAUGAAUUUGCCCUCAACGCAGUCACAUUUGAAUGACGUGAUUACUCGAGCGAACAAAACCAAUGAGAUCAAUUAAUUUCUCUGAUCGUAGAUACUAAAAGCCACUUCCUGUGGAGUCACGAACACACUUGCGAGAAAGAAAUGGAGAACUGAUUUGCAUCAAGCAGCACUCCAUUACUCCUCCUCACUGGAUCAAACUGGCAGCGAUGCAGCUUGGUCAUCUAGUCACCAGCAGCACUUCUCUGCAAAUCCCACCCCAACCUCAGAGUCUGAUAUUCAGGAGCCGACACCCAUUCCUGCUGGACUCCAUCCAGCCUGUGUUGGUCAGGACAAUCAUCAAUCCGAAACGGGGGAUGGAGGAACCUCUCCAGCUGCAGACUCCACAAAGCUCCAGUAACUGCAGCUCAUCGGGACCUGGUGGGAAAUCCUGCUGGAGUUUAGACAUGAGGGUGGCUAUUCUUCUGCUUACUCUGGCAGGAGCAGUAAUCCUCCUGCUGCUGUACAGACUGUUGCAGCUAAGACACAGGCUGAGGAUGGCCAGAGCGAGGCAUGCUUUGGAGUACACCAGCUUCUACCACAGUGGCACCUACACACUCAAACACCCCACACCUUGUCAGGAGCUGCCAGAGAAGAACGGGGCAGUACCUGAAGACACUGCACCACUCCAAACCAUAACCUCAGUGACACCUGCUGUCCUCACCCCAGUGCCACCUCCAUCGCCGCCCUCACCGGCACCCCCUCCACUGCCACUCCCCCCACCUCCUGUCCUUCCACGUCCACCUCUUCACUCUCUAGUUUCUCUCUCUCCGACACCCCCUGUCCUGUCUCUCCCUCUUCCCGUGCCUGUCAUCCACACCACCCCGCCCAGCCCUCACCUAUCAUGGGGUGCCUGCUCAGAUGCAGAUGUUUAUUCUCGGAUUGGGACUUUCAGGCCAUCCAGGCUUUCCAACCUCUCCAACCAGUCGACGGUCAUCCUGUUUGAACACUCGUCUCUUUGAACUCUCACAGAAUGUGUGUGAUCUCCUCAAGGAGUCUGUGACUGUGACAGGGAUUACAAGAUGUUUCCUGUACUCCAUGUUUAUGUGUGUAAGAUACAGAAAAACACAAGAAGUUAACGUUUCAAAACUUUAAAACAUGAAGUUUGCACUUUGUCAGCCACUGGCUUUAUUGACAAAAAAAAGGACCAGUGCAAUAAAAUUGCAAUUUAAAUAAAAAGAACCUCUAUUUUAACCAUUUUUUUUUUUUUUUUUUUUUUAAACUGGACUGUGAGGUCAGGAGGACAGAUGAAGUCCUCCACUUCUCCAAGAAGCAGGCCUAAAAAAAACUAGCAAUAGCAGAUGAACAGUAUGUAAAACAGGGCUUAUGAAUACAUUGACCUUUUGGUGGAGGAUUUCAAGAACGAGGUACAACAGUGAACAUCUACAGUGGUGUCGGGGAGUGUGUUUUGGUCUUAUAGACUGUAUUUCUAAGACUUUCACACAGCACUGUAUGGUAGCUUUACUUUGCUUACAUUAGACCUCAACGCAUUUUGACAACUGUAGUGGCAUUUUGCUUUGCUUUCCGCCUCAUUUAAUUCUCAUUAUGCCACACAUGUACACUGCAUAUAAUCUUUUAAACCACCUGUCAUAGAUACAAGAAAAUAUAUUUGAAAUAUUUUAGAACUCUGUCAAAAACAUGUUUGAAACAAAAAAAUUGCAUUGUUAUUUAUUAGGCAAAUAGCAAGCUGAAUUUGCAUUUUAUACCCAGAUUACACGCUUGAUUUUUCUGAGAAGAAAUAAAUCAAGCAUAAUAUUCAACAACUAAAGCAAAAUUCUGUUCAGGACAAAUCCCUGUAAAUU